AUCCCGGUGGUAGUCUUUCGUCAUGUUCUUAACAGUUGCUAUCAUUCCUGUUAGAACAUCACUCAUACCAUCUCAGUGAUUUCGAACAAAAGGGAACUCCAUCGUCAACAGCGUUUUCCUUAUUUUUUCCAUCUGAUUGCGAUGGCAAAACUAUUUCAUUGGAAAAUGACCUUUUAUCGGUAUUGUCUAACUGGGUAUUAUAGCUUUGAUAUGUGUGCAGUGAAUGCAUUCUUGAUGAAGACGGAUUCCUGGCAUCCUCUUUACAUUUAUUAAACCUGUGCAGUGUGGUCAGACAUAUCGGGAACAGCGUGAUCGAAAAUGGAAGAACAUCGAUACCCUACAUCUUACGUCAUUUCGGGUCACAUUUCCAGAAGACCUUCAGGAGGAACUUUUGAAGCUGAAGGAAGAGAAGUUGAUAGUCACUCAGCCACAGACCGUUCCCCGACAAACAGUUUGCAGGUUAUCGAGAAAUCAAAAUCCUUAACAGAUUCAUCCUCCAAAACGAGUCUUUCUCGGACUUACUACUCCACCGACAAUACUAAUAAUUUGCCGCCAUUGAGAACAGAAAAGAAACCGCUGCUAAUUCGCACCGAAGCAAUUGAUCUGUCAGGUAUCUCUCCCAACAACAAUAAUACUAGUUCACAUAACUACAGUACCAAUACAAAUUCAAGGAUUAAACAUGACGUGCGACCCCAUCUGCUAGUUUCAUUUUUUACAAGACACUUCGAAAAAAUGCACAAAAGGAUGACGAAAAGGCCGUUAGGUUCAUCAUUGUCCUUUGACCUGGAUGAACGUCAGAGGAUGCAAGUUUUACAACGUGCACGUGAUUCUAAGGACAUCAGCAUUCUCUCACUACCUGCUAAUGUGAGAUAUCCCAACUCGUUGCAGACUGGUUUGAACUGCUUCCAUUGUCUUAUUGACGCAUCGUUACGUGAGCGUAAAUUUAACAGGCUGGAGAAUGAGAUCCGAUUAUGGUCCAAUUCUAAUAUUUCUAGCAUAGAUUGUACCGAUUCCAAGCAGAAUAAUUCUCAGAAGUUGAAUACCAACUGCAAACCAUCGCUUCACGACAGCACUCGCGUCAUCAAUAAGCGAGCAUUAGCUAAAUCAACGGUGGCUAAACGAUUAGUGGAUGUACACUCAUCCCAAUUGUAUGGUAUCCCAUCAACAUUAUGCAAGCAUCGUACGAAGAAUUAUUGGUUCGAUCUCAAGAUCCAUGCCGACGAGCAUAUUUGGAUACCUUCAUCAGGACCAAGCACUAUGGCAAGCAGUUCACGUGAUACUGAAUGUUAUGUUGGUGAACGAGAUUGCCGGAAAAUUGGUGAAAAACGAAGUUGUGCUGCAUGUCAUAUCGUGGUGCAUACAGCAUGCUUACCAAUUUUACGACAGUUAUAUGUGAAAUGCAAGAUAACAUAUUACGAAGAAAGUGCAGUGAAGAAACAAAUUGCUUCAAGUAGCGGUGUCAUGGAGGAAUCGCUAAGUGGACAUCACUGGCUGCAUAAAUGGAAGCAGGAAGGACGCUGCCUACGUUGCGGCAAAUCGUUUCAGCAAAAAAUUUUCCAUGAUAAGGAGGUAAUCGCAAUCACUUGUUCGUGGUGCAAACGAUCAUAUCAUAACAAAGUGGAAUGUUUCUCAUCACAGUGUUUUGAGAAAUCAUGCGAUCGCGGUGAUUUGAAAGAAGUGAUUAUGCCACCGACGUGGAUUCAGUGUUCAAAUCAAAUUCAAACAAGGAAAAGAAAGAAAGUCGCGAAAAGAAGGAAGCGCAGGCUGUUUAGGAUACGACCAGUACCUUUGGAUGAUGGCACAUGGCUUCCAAGUCAGCCAUUGCUUGUAUUUGUAAAUCCGAAAUCAGGUGGUAACAAAGGUUCCAAGUUGUUACACACAUUUUGCUGGCUUCUGAAUCCACGCCAGGUAUUCGAUAUUACUGCAAUGAAAGGACCUGAAUUUGGGCUUGGUGUUUUUAAGAAAGUGGCAUCCAGUCUGCGAUUGCUCGUGUGCGGUGGCGAUGGUACCGUUGGAUGGAUUUUAAGUACCCUUGACAGAAUGAACUGGGCGAAGUAUCCUCCAAUUGGUAUUGUUCCACUAGGCACUGGCAAUGAUUUAGCCAGAUGUCUUGGUUGGGGUGGGUCGUUCAGCGAUGAACCUUUGGCGGAACUUCUAAAUGCUGUUGUUCAUGAAACAUCCAUCACAUAUCUCGAUAGGUGGAAUAUAAAUGUGAAAACCAAUUUGCAAAUGUCAAAUAUACAAGCGGAUGAAAUCGACAAAGCUGCGCAGAGUGUAUUAACACUGACAGUGAUGAACAAUUAUUAUAGCAUUGGAGCCGAUGCUCAUGUCGCCUUGCAAUUUCAUCAUUCUAGAAGUGCAAAUCCACAAAUGUUGAAUAGCAGGCUGAAAAAUCGAAUAGCGUAUGGUGGACUAGGUACCAUUGAUUUGUUCAAGCGAACUUGGAAACUUCUCCAUGAAUAUAUCACUCUUGAGUGCGAUGGAAUUGAUUUGACUUCAAAAAUUAAAGAAUUCAAAUUCCACUGCAUAUUGUUCCUUAAUAUAACGUAUUAUGCUGGGGGGACAGUUCCAUGGAGCAGCGAUGAUGAGGAGAAAUACCGAUCUUCCAGCUGUGACGGCAAACUAGAAGUUCUUGGUUUCACAACUGCUGCACUGGCUGCUUUGCAAAUGGGUGGCAAAGGUGAGCGAAUAGCACAGUGCUCUCAUGCUCGUAUCACAACAAGCAGAGCAAUACCAAUGCAAGUGGACGGUGAACCAUGUCUUCUAGCACCGAGUACUAUUGAAAUUACCUUUCAUAGCCAGGUUCCCAUGUUGCGUCGUGAAAAGAAAUCAAAUUAUAUGCCAGGGAAUCUUAAGAAACAACAAAAAUUAUCCAAACAGCAACGAAGUAACAGUAGUAGCCAAAUGCCAUUAACUCCAAUAGACUAUUUAUUACCUGUACUACUGACUACUUCCAUCGAAUAUAAUGCUAAUCGCGAUAAUCUGGAACGACUCAAAGUAACUGCUAUAGAAAUUGGUAAAAUUCAUGUAGAAGCAGAAACCGAAUUGGACAUUGUACGACAAAAAAUCGAAAAACUUAUUGCCAGUUGCUCAGAUUUGAAUAUGGGAUCGAAUAGCGAGUGGAGAUUUCUUGAUUAUGUAAGAAGCGCCGAAGAGGGUGUAUUCCGUGUGCACCGUUAUCAGGAACAAUUUAUGACAUUGUCUGAUAUAUGCUGUUUGGAAGAAUGCAUCAUGGUUCUGAAUAACGUUUUGGUCAGACGAAUGCAUUCAUCUGAUGAAGCUUCAAAUCAAAUGAAGGAGAAUAUAGCAGAUCAUGAUAUUUGCGUAAAAGAUGAUACACUGCAUGUCACAUUCCAGUGUGAUACUCAUGAAGCGCAUUUAUAG